UGCAGACACCACUCCAGAGCUGGUGGCUUAGUCAUAGGUGUCUCCUUCCCUGCGCCCUUACUUGCCUGCCUCGAUGCUGCCUUCCAACCAUGUAAUGUCAUUGCCCGAGCAAGACGUCGCGGGGUACAUGUGCCUGCCUCUUUCCUCUCCUUCUUUGUUUUGCUCUUUACACGGCACUAUAUACAGCUUCUAAGGUCGCUCGACUCCCCUUCCCCCCCGCCACGAUUCUCCCUGCGGGCUAGAACCACACCGGUAGCCGAUGCCACCGUUGUCAGUCCAGUGUACCACCGCGUUGGCGAUCCGAACAACAUGUUCUCCAAGUUCGCGUCCGACUUAUCCAAAUCUUUCAAUUCCAACAUCAACACCAAUUAUACACUGAGCCCCGAGCCGACAUCGUUUUCUGGACCCUGGAAAAUCCACGAUGCUAAGAAGAAAUCCACGAAGAAGCCCGUGUCUGUCUUCGUAUUAGAACGGAAGGCACUAGACCCUCCGGGCGGGGGCAGUCUGAGUGGUCGAUCUUCUGGCGCGUCAGGCCUCAAGCGUGCACAGGAAGAGGUGGUGGAGAGGCUGAAAAAGGAGGCCAGCUCGCUGGCCCGCCUGAGACAUCCGAGUAUUCUCGAGUUGGUCGAGCCAGUGGAAGAGACACGAGGUGGGGGUUUGAUGUUCGCCACAGAACCUGUCACUGCUUCACUUGCUGGGUUGCUUCAGGAAAAAGAUGAGCAAGAAAAAGCCGGCGGAGUAGGAGGUCGUCGUAGUAGAUACGUGGUCGAGGAAACCGAUGGGCAGAAACGACGACGGGAAUUGGAAAUCGACGAGCUCGAAAUACAAAAGGGACUUUUGCAAGUUGCCAAAGGUCUGGAAUUUCUGCAUGAGAGUGCCGGUCUCGUACACGGAAACCUUACCCCCGAGGCUAUCUUCGUAAAUGCUAAAUCGGACUGGAAAAUAUCCGGUCUUGCGUUUUGCACCCCUCCCGAGAAUUCAACUAAGCCUACCUCUGUAACUCCGAUAUCCCUUUCUGAAGCCCUCAACCACGACGCGAGAUUACCCCCAUUCGUUCAGCUCAACAUGGACUAUACCUCCCCCGACUUUGUCAUGGAUGGAAAUAUUACACCCGCAGCGGAUAUGUUUUCGCUGGGAAUGCUCAUCAUCGCCUUGUACAACUCGCCACAUAGGAGUCCUCUGGAAUUCCACGGUAGCCAGUCUUCCUACAAGCGAGCCUUUUCUUCGGCUUCUUCAGUACCAAACAAGACCAACAAUUUCAUGUGUUCGCAAUCGAUGCCUCGCGACGUGGUGAAUGGGGUGCUGGACCGUCUCAUUACAAGACGCGCUGCCCAGAGAUUGAACGCGCAGGAAUUCCAACAAGCCCAAUAUUUUGAUAACAUACUUGUCUCCACCAUUCGGUUUCUCGACGCCUUGCCAGCCAAGACACCGAAUGAAAAAUCCCAAUUCCUGCGCGGUCUCCCGAAGAUUCUCAAAGAGUUUCCAAAAUCGGUGAUGGAGAAGAAGGUUUUACCCGCUCUGCUUGAAGAAACAAAAGACCGCGAACUUCUUGCGUUGGUGCUGCAAAAUGUUUUCAAAAUCAUUACGGCUUUGCCAUCGGGGAAGCGAGCUUUUACGGACAAGGUCAUUCCCAAGCUGCGAGAGACUUUCCUCACGCCUGCCAAGGGGCCCGCCCAAGAGCGAGAUAGCCUGAAGGAAGCUGGCCUCAUGAUCGUUUUGGAGAAUAUGAGCGUAGCCGCCGAGAAUUGUGGUGGUAAAGAGUUCAAGGACGAAAUCCUACCCAUCAUCAACUACGCCCUCGAAUCACCGACACACUCACUCGUUGACGCUGCGCUGCGAACAUUACCCGUGGUACUUCCCAUUUUAGAUUUUUCGACAACGAAGAACGAGCUUUUCCCCGUUAUUGCAGCCAUAUUCGCCAAAACGAGCAGCAUGGGUAUCAAAAUACGUGGCUUGGAAGCCUUCAAGACACUGUGUGGUGGCAACGAUGAGCCAGAGGGAAUCCAAGGUGACGGUUUGACUGGCAUGAUGGAGCAGCCAAAGGCGAAAACCAAUGUGUCGAUUUUGGAUAAAUACACAAUUCAAGAGAAGGUGGUUCCGCUGCUGCGAGCGAUUAAGACAAAAGAGCCCGCUGUUAUGAUGGCUGCGCUCGACGUCUUCAAAGCAAUUGGAAGCCAAAUCGACAGCGACUUCCUCGCAAUCGACGUGCUUCCGAUUCUCUGGCAAUUCAGCCUUGGGCCUCUUCUUAACCUUGGCCAGUUUCAGGCAUACAUGGCGCUCAUCAAAUCGCUUUCUUCGCGAGUGGAAAACGAGCAAAACCGGAAACUUCAGGAAUUGGGUGCAAACAAUGCAACCUCGACAUCUCGCAGCGAGUUUAUGAGUUUUGGCGGCUUGCCUGGGACGAGUGGGCUGGAGUCGAGCAACGGCGAUGGAGACGCUGGCUUUGAGGCUCUUGUGCGCGGGAACCAAGGAAGCAACGCAGGCUCGGAUAUGCUGGGUGGUGACCCAUGGGCAGCUGCUUCGUCGUCAGCGUCUUCAUCGACGGUGCUGCCUUCUAGACCGACCACUAACCGUGUAGGAUCGAGGAACGCGUCUCCGGCGGCAGCCUUCUCCUGGUCCAGUCCUCCCAUAUCACCACCACCUCCCAAUCUGGCCACACCUUCGGUUGGUGCAACCAGAGCCAUCACACCCGAUAGCACGCUGGGAUCGCUCAACUCGUCAUUCCCGGCCAUGACUCCCCUGAACCCAGGAAUCGGGUCACCACUAUCUCAGUCGCAAGCAAAACCCUUGGGUAUGGGCGGGCUGGCAUCGCCCUCGAUCAUGCCCUCGUACACGCCCAAUGCGGCAACAUCGGGAAUUGAUUGGACCAAGGCAACGACGAGCAGCUCCAACCUGACGAGCAAUCCAUGGGGCGCCUCAAGCCCAGCGAGCACGCCAGGUGGUGUUUCAAGUCUCUCAAACAUGCAGCCCCAUCAGCAACAGCAAGCGGGCAAUCCAUAUUCGGGCUUCAGCAUUGCGCCUCCCCCAUCCAAGGCAGCAACGGGAUCCUUCAAUAUUGCGGCGCCGGCAAGUAGCAAUAGUUCUUUCAGCAUUGCGCCGCCACCGAUGCAGACGAGAAUAGGCAGUGCCAGUAGCGGACUCAGCAUGAACAACAUGGCACAGAGGCAGAAGCAGAAUCAAACCCAGCAGCAGCAGCAGCAGCAGCAGCCGGUAGCAAAUGCAUCGUGGAAUAGCAGUGGUGGGGAGAGUUUGAUUUAG